AUGGUGGGAGGCGGGAACAGAAAGGACGAGUCUGUGGUUCUGAAUAGCACCAACGUGUUUGCGGCGCUCGGGAGCUUGAAGAAAAAGAAGAAGUCCGAGAAAGGUUCCUCCAAGAGCUCGAAAAGCGGCACAGCUCAGAAUCCUGAGGAGGCCGAAAAAGAGGUGUUUUGGGCUCCUGCGCCCCUCAACGUGAAAUCGUGGGCCGAUGUCGAUGACGAGGACGACGACGACUACUAUGCAACUACAGCUCCGCCCGAAUUGGGCUGGGCUGGUGAGGAUUCAAAGGUGGCCAAGGAGACUGAGCAUGAGGCUGAGCAUGUGGAAGUCGGUGAACUGGUAAGUGAAAGCGAGGAGGAAGGACUUGAUGAAGUCGAUGAUGUUGACGAGGAACAUGAAAAUGAACUUGAAGCACCAGUGGAAACUGAGCCACUUAAGAAGCCCCCUGAAGCUUCUCCAGCUCCUAAGGAUACUGAAAGGCAGCUUUCUAAGAAGGAACUGAAGAAAAAGGGGCUUGAAGAACUUGAAGCUGUUCUUGCAGAGCUAGGAUAUGGUGCCAAAAGCGAGACCGGUGGCCAAGAUGAUUCCAGUGGUAUUGCACAAGAGAAGAAAGUAGAGAAUCUAAAUGGCGAGGUAGACAAGAAGGAGAAUGCCACCGGGGAGAGCAAAAGUGCAAAAAAGAAGAAAAAGAAGGAUAAGUCAUUGAAGGAGCCAAAAGAAUCCCCGGACCAGCCUGAUGGCAUCGAUGUUGCAGCAGCAGAUGAAGAUGCUGGGACAGAAAAGGGAGAAAAUACAUCUGCUGGUGAUGUUAAAGAGCGGCUAAAGAAAGUGGCAUCCAUGAAGAAGAAGAAAUCAAGCAAAGAAAUGGAUGCAGCUGCCCGAGCAGCUGCGAGUGAAGCUGCUGCUAGGAAUGCAAGGCUAGCUGCAGCAAAGAAAAAAGAGAAGAACCACUACAAUCAACAGCCGGUGCGUGCUUGUGUUUUUUAUGUGCGUCUUGAGGACCUCAGCAACUCCUCCUGUGUAGCACGUGCUGGGUUCUAA